AUGGGUCCAGGACGUCGCAUGAAGAGAAAGCAGGGUGCACCAGAGCCCCUGUCUGAAGAACACUUUGCGCGCUUGAAAAGAAAAGCCGGCAUUCCUGUUGACGAGGAUGAGCUCGCUGCCAAAACCACAACGCCAAAAAGACGCCGGACUGCCAAGAAGGCUGCGAAUGCCACGAAGAUCAAGAAGCCUCUAAUCGAACCCAAUAUUAGAGGUGAUUCUCCGGUACAGGAGGAUCUCGAUGAUAUAUUUGCGCACGACGCGGAUGAAAGAUUCGGUGAUGGCUUCAUCGGCUCCGGAGACUCUGUCGUUGACUCUGACGAGGAGAUUACCAAGAAGAGAGAGCGAUUCGUAUUUUCUGACGAUGAAGACGACAGUGACAAAGAUGAGGCUUUGACUGCCGCAAACAUUGAGGGACUUUCGAAUAAGCUCGAUCUGCAAUUGGAGAGAGAGCGCGCCGAGGCAGAUGCCGAAGUUCAGGAAUCGGCGCUGCAGACAAAUUUGGAUGGUGACAGGCCAAAGGUUCUGGGCUCCUUGGAAGAAGAGGAGGAUGAGCCAGGAAAGUCAAAUUCACUUCUUGCUCCCGAUCUCCAACUCCUCCGCCAGAGAAUUACGGAUAUUAUAAGAAUUCUUGGAGACUUCGCGAAGCUAGCAGAGGAAGGGCGCUCUCGCGCUGACUACACCUCUCAGCUCCUGGACGAUAUAUGCGCUUACUACAACUAUUCUCCAUUCCUUGCCGAAAAGCUUUACAAUCUUUUCACCCCCAGGGAAGCCUUUGCCUUCUUCGAGGCUAACGAGGCUCCGAGACCAAUAGUUAUCAGAACAAACACCCUACGCACUCAUCGCAGAGACCUAGCACAAGCUUUGAUCAACCGAGGUGUGACUUUGGAGCCGGUUGGGAAGUGGAGCAAGGUCGGAUUGCAGGUUUUUGAAUCGUCGAUUCCUUUAGGUGCAACACCUGAGUACCUGGCGGGUCACUACAUCCUCCAGGCCGCCUCAUCUUUCCUUCCUGUCAUGGCACUUUCACCUCAGCCCGGUGAACGAGUCCUCGAUAUGGCUGCGGCCCCUGGUGGUAAAACAACGCACUGUGCCGCCAUGAUGAAGAACACCGGUGUCAUUGUGGCCAAUGAUCCCAAUAAGGCUCGUGCAAAGGGUUUGAUUGGUAAUAUUCAUCGCUUGGGUGCUAAAAAUGUCAUUGUCUGUUCAUAUGAUGCCAGAGAAUUCCCUCGUGUCAUGGGAGGCUUUGAUAGGGUCCUUCUGGAUGCCCCGUGCUCUGGCACGGGCGUGAUUGCCAAAGACCCGUCUGUUAAGACAAACAAAACGGAGCGCGAUUUCAUGACUCUACCUCAUACCCAGAAGCAGCUUUUGCUGUCGGCUAUUGAUUCAGUCAACCACGCAGGCACUGGCGGUUACGUCGUUUAUUCAACUUGCAGUGUCACGGUGGAGGAGAACGAACAGGUUGUGGCUUAUGCUCUUUCUCGGAGACCUAACAUUAGGCUUGUCGAUACUGGGUUGCCGUUCGGUAAGGAGGGCUUCACAAGUUAUAUGGGCAAGACGUUCGACCCAAGCUUGAAGCUGACUCGCCGUUACUAUCCUCAUACUUACAAUGUUGAUGGCUUCUAUGUUGCCAAGUUCAAGAAAAUUGGACCUACGCCGGCCAACGCGUCUAGGAACAAGGCCGAUGCUGGGGAGCCUAUACUCCCCGUGGACAAGACUCCUGUUGUUGAGUCUGACCUUACAAACAGUGGUCGCGGAGCUUCAGGCGACGAGUUUGGUGGCUUUGAUGAAGAUGAGGACAGGGAAUACAUGGAGCGAGCAAAGAGGAGCGCGAUGCGGCGCCGAGGCAUCGACCCUCGCUCCCUGGAUCGCCCUCGGGGAGAAAGGGAAAGGGCCAGGGCUGCGUAA